CGAGGUAUUACACCUUCCUCUCACUUCUACACUGCUCUUUCUCAUGUGCAGAGACCAUUCCACAACCUGGGCUUCCCAAACCGGGCUGGACUUAGUGCCUAGCUGUACCUGGCGGAUUACUUACACACUGAUAUCGUCUCUAUACGGCGUAGAAAAACCGCACGCUUCGGAAUGCCACGCUUCGGUAAAGAUUGAUGUUUGAUGGCUGGGAGCCUCCAGGCUCGCAUCCAAGAUUGACACCCGACAGCACGCACUCUACACCAAUCUGCUGAGUGAGUGUCACCUGCUGCCAGAUAAAAACGCCUACAAGCUCACGCUACAGCUGCCCACCGCCAAGCUGAGCAACGUACAGAACGCCCUCAGUCAACCGCUGGGGCAGGAACGUGUCACCAUGGACAGUGAGUCCACCUAUUCCGGCUACUCGUACCACUCCGGCCGGUCGAGAGGAUCUCACAGACAUGGAGAGCGCAGCAGAGAUCGGCACAAGUCUCGCAGUAAAGAAAGCAGUCGCUCAGAAAAGUCCGUCACCAUCAACGCUCCUCCUGCGGAGCCCUUGUUAGGAGACCAAUCCAUGCGAGAAGAUGAAACCCAGGAUGACAACUGGGGUGAAACGACCACUGCCAUCACAGGCACUUCAGAGCACUCGAUCUCACAGGAGGACAUUGUGCGAAUUAGCAAAGACCUGGACGAUAGUGUGGGUCUGGACUGUAAACGCUAUGCAGUCGUCUCGUUCUCUAUUAUCUUGACACUGCUGAUGCUUCUGACACCGCUUGCGUUCCUCAUCCUGCCACGACUGCUGUGGUCCGAAAAGCUGCGCCCAUGCGGCACGGCCUGCGAUGGCCUCUUCAUCUCCGUAGCAUUCAAGCUGCUUAUUUUGUUGCUAGCCAUGUGGGCACUGUUUUUCCGGCCAUCCAAGGCUACCAUGCCGCGCAUCUUCAUUUUUCGGUCUCUGCUGGUCAUGCUGGCGUUCCUGCUCGUGCUGUCAUACUGGCUGUUCUAUGGAGUGCGCAUUUUAGACACACAGGAUGAGGAUUAUCAGGGCAUAGUGCAGUACGCCGUGUCUCUGGUGGACGCACUGCUGUUCAUCCACUAUUUGGCGAUAGUGCUGCUGGAGCUGAGGCAGCUGCAGGCCUGCUUCUCCCUCUGUGUCAUGCGCUCUACAGACGGAGAGAUGCGGCAUUACAACCUGGGACAGCUCAGCAUCCAAAGAGCAGCUGUGGCUAUCUUGGAGAACUAUUACAGAGAUUUCCCUGUGCAUAACCCAGCACUUCUCACAGCCUCCAAAUCACGUGCUGCCAAACACCUGGCUGGCCUCAAGGUCUACAACGUGGACGGUCCAGGAGGCAACAACGCUGCUACAGCGGGAAUCUCUCAGUCCCAGUCUCGUGCCAUGAUCGCUGCCGCCGCUCGCAGACGAGACUCCAGCCACAACGAGCUGUACUACGAGGAGGCCGAGCAUGAGAGACGUGUCCGGAAACGCAAGGCCAGAUUGGUGGUGGCUGUAGAAGAGGCAUUCACACACAUCCGGCGUCUGCAGGAAGAGGAACAGAAGAAAUCUCCAGGAGAUGUGAUGGACCCUCGCGAGGCGGCACAAGCCAUCUUCCCAUCAAUGGCCCGAGCUUUGCAGAAAUACCUGCGUACCACACGGCAGCAGCACUGCCACAGCAUGGAGAGCAUCCAGCAGCACCUGGCCUUCUGUAUCACACACAACAUGACACCAAAGGCUUUUCUGGAGAGCUACCUGACCCCAGGCCCCACGCUGCAGUACGGACGCGAGCGCUGGUUCGGCCGUCAGUGGACGCUAAUCAGUGAGGCAUCUGUGAACAGCGGCCUCAAGGACGCCACAGUCUUCCUGCUCAAGUCUGUAGACUUUACCCUGGUGGUCACCACAAAAAAGAUCCCCUACAUCAGGCUGUCUGAGGAGUUCAUCGACCCUAAAUCACACAAGUUCGUCCUGCGACUACAGUCAGAGACCUCGGUGUAGACCCACAGCUCGUGGUAUUGUCUCUAAUCACACAGUUUUAUAUUAAUUCUUUGGCUUUAAAAUUUUUCUCAGUUAUUUGGGGUUUUGCAGUUGUAUUAUGUUGUCUUUUAUAUAUAUAUAUAAUAUAUACAUAUAAAUCUGUAUACACAUAAUUGAAUAUAUUUCCUUUUAAUAUUUUUUGCUUUGUUGUUCGGAUUUUGGUGAGCGAUAACAUGACACAAGACUCGACAUUCUUUCACUAAAGAAAAAGAGAAUCCAGAGAAAAGAAGAAAAAAACGCCUCAGUGAAUCUCUCAUGAUGGUGGACGGACCGAAUACAGAACAUCCUUUCUGCUGUUAUUCCGUAGCUCUGACAGACUUGUUCAGGCACAUCACUGUAAAACUUUUUUUUUUUUUCUACUGUAAGUGCAAACUAACUCUUGGUGCUCUUUAAAACAUUCGGUUUGUAUUUCUGCUGAUGAUACACACCAUGAUCAUGAUCAUGUUUUCCACUCUUUCUUUUCCACAAUAUGCACAAUGUACAGAUGUGAGGUAUUGGUGUGUAUCUAUCGGAGUGUAUUCAGACAAGUUUCGUCUUCAGCUGUUCACAAUGAAUUGAAAGGUCACAUGGUGAAAGCGGUGGUUUUGUUAGCAUUCGGCGCGAUUUAAGCGUUCUGUGAUCGUAAUUGAAAGCCAUUGAAUUUAAUGCAAAGGUCAAAAACUAAAGUCACCAAAAAGGUCAGAGCUGCAGAUUUUCAACAGGAAGUUGAACUGAUACUAUUUCCGUAUAAGUAAGAAACUUAUUUAAUAAUAAUUUCUAUUUAACGAGAAGAAACCUAAAUGAACUGGUACAACUUCUUGCAAGAAAACUGACCAGCAUUUAAACACCGACUUAAUUGGAUCAUAUUGUUGUCUUUCAGCAUUAUUGAAGAGUUCAGAUUCAGUAGUUUCUUAAAGGACAGACAUAUUAAUUAACAUUAAUUAACAAAGGGAUCGUUUGACCAAAAACACUAAUGUGGCUAAUAAAACUAGCAUGAUGUCAUGCGACUAGUUAUGCUACUCAGUUUUUAUGUUGCUGUUAUUUGCCUUUUUUUUGGUGGAACUAUACUACUAACAGUCUGAAGCAUGGACUUUGGGGACAUUCUGACUGGAUCAGGAACAUUUUAACAGCAGACAUGACCGUGUCCUGCUCUCUUAACUCUACUUGUUAAGAAUGUGGCCAAAGAUAAGGACAUUAACUGAUUCUUAAUAUGUUUAAUAAAACGUAUCUUAUGGUUAUUGGUUAUGGAAAGCACUUAAAAUGAUUGUAGAGAUUCUGACUAAUCACUAAUCACUGUAAGGUCUCUGACGAAUCAGGUUUGGUCAGUAAUGCAUUGGGGAAAAUUUCGUGAAUGGAAUUGAACUGAAUUGAACAAAAUGUGAUCAUUUCAUUUUUGUCUGAUGCAAAUUCUUGCAUUUCCUUCUAGGUCACAUUUAGGAGUGAAACUUUAUGCAAAAUUAAAUAGAUGAUCAUCAUAAAAUCACAUCUACAUUAUGGUUCCUUUAAUAACCCAGUAGCUUAUAGCAUUUGAUAAACAGAUACAGCGAUUUUUUUUCAGGUAAAUCACGUGUCCUGCUUCAGUACUGAUAAAUAAACAGAACGUUUUGCUCGCACAAAUCAGAGGGACACUACAACCCAGGAGCUGAUUCUUUAACAGUUACAGCACAUCUCUGUUUUAUUCCUCUUAUAACAGUAUUUGUCGGCGAUUAUAAAAAUCUAUUUAUUAAUAAACAGCACACUGUACUUUUUAGCAGUUUAUAGGUAUAUUUGAUAUAAUGACCAUGAAACUGAAUUUUUCCUUUUAUAACUUUAUUAUAUCAGUCAUAAACAGUCAAAUACUGGUCAUUAUAUUGUUUGCAGAGAAAUCAAAAUCAAAUUUUUUGUUUUGUUUUGUUUUUUAUUAAUAAGAGUAAAAAGUACAGCUUUUUUUCAUGACACCAGAAAGUCAUCUGUGCUGAAGAAUUUCCCUUAAAUCACUGCCAUCUCUUACUGUUAUUGUUAUCAAGCAUCGGCACUGGAGACUCUGGAUUGUUGCUCAAAAAGACAGGGUUUAAUCCCCGGCACUGCUAAACUGCCUCUGUUGUGCCUAUGAGCAAGGCACUUUACCCUUUCUGCUUUAGAGUGCUGUCAUGUCUGACUCCAGGUUUCUAUCAAGCUGGGAUAUGUGAAAAAAACUAUUUAAAUGUGCUGUGAUGUAUAUGUGACAAAUCAUAAGGGCUUUUUCCUCUCUAAUGUAGAGUCUCCACCAUACUGUUGUUACUAUGGAAACAAUAUCAUAUUAGAACGAGUACAUCGAUAUAAAGCUGUGGUUUCCUGCUGUCAGAGAUGCCGCAAAAAAACAUUAUCAACACUCUCGAGCCAAGGAGAUGCAUAUAUAAUAUCAGAUAAAGCACAUUUAUGAAUUGAACAGAUAGAGAAAAUCAAUUAGAAAGCAAUUCACACAGGAAGUACAGGAGCAGUUAUUCCAAGGAAAAAUGCUAACUUCUGAAGCUUCAGCACAUGUACACAUGUAACGCAUUUAGGUUAUUUCAAUAAUCGCUGUUACUAAAGGUGUUAAUGACUUGCUACUGCAGAGUUACUGGGUUAAUAAGGAGCCUUAUUGUAAAGUGUUAUCCACAUGAUGAUCUGAUUAUUGUGGAGGUUAACAGAUAGCAGGUUUUCUGUACUGUACUUGUAGUAUUGUGUAGCCUAAUGAUGCAUGUUGAAAUUAUUUUUGUCAUGUCAUCUACACUAACCAUUCUCUUUAUUGGGAACACGUACCUGCAAACCUCCACAAAGCAGCCAAUCGAGCUUCAGGUAAUGUUAACAUCAGACAUCAGAAUAAAGGAAAAGUCUUAUCUUUGACUUUGACCAUGGUAUGUACGUUAGUGCAAGAUGGUCUGGUUUGAGUAUUUCAGAAACUAGAUCUCCUGGGAUUUUGACACACAGCAGUCUCUAGAAAAACAAAAAAAAUUGAGUGAGUGAAAGACAGUUCUUUGGGUGGAAACGCCUUCUUAAUAAAAGAUGUACAAAACACCGAACCUUGAGGUGGAUGAGCUACAGCAGUAGAAGAUCACCAAGCCAAGAACAGGAAUCUGAAGCUAUCAUGGGUACAGACUCGCCCACAUUGGACACUUGAUGUUUUCCUGAUCUUAAUUUUUCCAGUUUGGAUGAAUCUGUAAUAAUGAUAGCAUCUGAUUCUUGUUCUUGGCUGGCAGGAACCUUAUGUGGUCUUCUGCUGUUGUAGCUCAUCCACCUCAAGGUUUGAUGUGUUGUGUUCUGAGAUGCUUUUCUGCUUACCAUGGAUGUAAAGAGUGAUUAUUUGAGUUACUGUAAACUUCCUACCAGAUCAGAAAAAUCUCUCACAUCAGCCUGCAGAUGAGACCCAUUCUGCUUAAAGCCUGUUCAGAAAUUCCCAAAAGAUCAUCAGUUACUCAUGAAAUACUCAAACCAGCCCGUCGGACUACAGCACAUGCCAUGGUUAAAGUCACGGAUCUUAUUGUUUUCCUCAUUCUAAUGUUCGAUGUGUACAUCAAUUGAACUUCUUGUCCCUAUGGACAGGUUUGUGUACGCCUGACUCUCACACCCAUAUGUGGCUCUUCCUCAAACUGUCACCACAAAGCUGGAUAACACAGUGGCCUACGAUAUCUUUGUAUGUAAUUGUUGUUGAUUUCCUUUCAAUGACAACUGAGGAAGAAAAAACACCGAGCAUGACAACGGCACUCAAGUUUGGAAUAACAUUCAUAUGCAUGCACUUUUACCCCAGGGAACCUCAAAGCAACAUUUUUUUAUGAUCUUCCUGCAAAUAAUUUAAUUAGAAAUACGCUGAUAGAUUCAGACCACUCUCUAGGAAAGAUCACUAAAAGCAUCAGCCUCUUCUAAUAUGAUAUUGAUUUGUCUCUUGUUCCACUUUAGCUUUGUAUAGCUUAUUUUCAGCCACUACAAGAAACUGUGCAAAUGUUAUUUUUGUACUUCUUCUGAACAACAGAAGAUCCUCCUUGCAGAAAAAAAAGAAGAAGAAAAAAAGGCUUUUUUUAUAUAAUGAUAUUAAUGAUCACUGGUGUACUUUUUUACUUUGAUCCUCUCUCACAAUGUGACCGUGCCUCUGUUUUUACACAGUGUGCUUGUAUUUAUACUGUAUAUGUGUGUAAUUAAUUCAUUCCUCCUCAAAAACACUGCAGUUACACUUGACUUUCUUCACCUGUUGCUCUUGAAAUGCCAACAUUUAUAUACCUGAUGCUAUGUUGUAAUAAAUGUAUCCAAGCUCACAACA